UCCCCCCCCCCCCCCCCCCCCGGAGUCAGUGAAGCGGCAGCAGCCAUGGCGGUGGUGCUAUUCCUGGUGGCCCUGCUGGCGUCUCUCGGGGUGUCCGUUACUGCCAGCUCCCUUUUGGAGGCUCAGCUGCUGUCCCCCCGAGAUGUGGCUCGUUCUGCGGUCGAGGCCUAUAAUCAAGAAACUGGAACGCAGGCAGUGUUCAGGCUGUUCAAGCUCAAAAGCUUCCACAAAACACAAUUUGACUGGGGCAUGCACUUCAGCAUCAACUUCACCAUCAAAGAGACGAACUGCCGGAAAAGCAUGGCUAGCUACCGCCUCGAGGACUGCAAAUAUCGGCCGAACGGGAUAACAAGGGAUUGUUCCGCCGACGUGUCAGUUCUUGACUUCGUACAAGAGGCACCUUUGACAUCUGUGAAAUGCACCCAGCAGCAGCAGCAGCGGGCGAAAAAACCCAGCAAGAAACCAAAACCCAAGGCCCAGACUGUCCCCAAAGUGACUGUAAAGUACUUCACGUCGUCUUUCUCUACCGCGGCCCUGACAGCACCAGAAGAAGACAAAGGACAGCCUGCCUGAGGCCGAGUUAGGUUGCUGCCAUCGUCUUCAAAUGGCCUGUUUGCUUUCCUGCCACGCCACCAUCUCAUCCAACAGAUAAUUUCAGAGCUUUUGGGUCCAUGUUAUUCUUGGCUAGUCUCUUUCACUGUUUUCUUUUUGCUUCGCUUUGGGAUGACUGAGAGGCAGGCCUCAAAAAGCCCUUGCAAAAUAGGGGAAGCCUUUUUGUUUUGAUAUUCUCUGCUAAGCCGCAACAAGGACUAAAGUGUGUGGCAGAGUUGCCCCUCGCUUGCAGACCUCAGACACGUUAUAUCCAUCCCCUCCGGCUCCCUGCCAGGUUCCCUUCCAGAGACAGCCGUUCUCACGGGCCCUCCUUUGCUUGAGUUGCCAAAGAUUUAGGCAUUUUGGUGCCUUCAUUUUCAGGUGCCAAAUCUGAGAUCCUUUAACGGGGCCUGAUUUUCUGCAGGUACUGAGCAACUGUCUUCUGAAAGCCAGGCCUGUUUUAAGGUAUGUGAAACGGAACACCCCAGAAUUGCUAGACACUUUUGAAAACCUUGGUCUUAGUUGAAUUCUGAGCCCGUGACUAAAGGGGUGACCCAUGAGAUUGCUGGGAAGAGAUGGCGCUUCAUGUGCGGUGCGCCAGUCAUGCCAAAGGCUCGACCCCAGUCACAAGGUAGGGAUCCUGGUGAUGGUUCCUCCCACAGUGACUGGCCAACUCUCGCGGUCUCAUUGCAAGUGUCAUGACAGCUGGUGCUUUCCUUACAGACCCAGCUCCUGGAGUCACGUGAUGACGCGAGAAUCUGGGCUUUUCAUUUUAAAUCUAUAAAAGCAGGUUUCGAGCCCUUGUGGGUGGGAGAAAAAAGCUUGAAAUCGUGGUGCCCUGAGGCUCAGAAAUCAAAAGGCUAAUAAAAGAACUCCAAGGAUAGUACCUUUAAAACCGCGUGAUUUGCCAGGUCCAUCUCACGAGUGUCAGGACCCUUGAGCUAUGGUUUUGGAACGCUUGGGGCUGGCAAGAGGAAGUCAAGGAUUUCCCCAGGUACUUAUAUGAUAAGCAGAGGGGAAAGGCAAGGCAGACCCUUGCAGGGCCAGAGCUCUGCAGGGAAGGGCUGUGCUGCAUGGAGCUGUUCUGAAGGGAAGGCUGAGAGGAAUAGAGCCAGAAAUACGUGUGUGAGGAGCUGAGCAGAACUUCAUUCCGAUAAGACUGAAACGACCCCCUGCUGGGGUUUCUCCUGGUGCCCUAGUAACUCCCAACGGCCGGGCCUCCUUCUCUGACAGCCCUUUCCAGCUUUGCUUUGCCCCGAGUCUCCUUUGGACUGGGCUUCUCUGGCUGUCCAACAGCUUAAUCCAUACAGGGGAAAAGGCUUCCAGUCAUGCUGAAGGGCUCAAUCUCCCCCAACCUCUUCCCCACGACCUUGUGCUACUCCGGCAUAUGCUACUUUCUCCAUACGUUCCCAGGUCAGCGUCUCUGGCCUCGCACCUGAUCCGAGUGGGGCUGCUGGUCAGUGUGGAGUGAUAGUAAACAGUGCCCCCUAGUGCUCCAGUUUGGAACCGCCCUCCCCUUGUAACUUUUCCCUUUUUCGGCAAAACACUCAGUUUAACGCUAUUUUUAAGUCUGCUUCUGCGCAAUCUCAUCAUCCUCUAUAGAAAUAAGCACCAGUACAGUAUAGCCGCGUUCCUCCCCGGCCCUACAUAGACGUAAUCAAUUGCAUUCCUUGAUCAUAGCAUAUCAUCGGUCGUUUCCCCCCAGAGCAUGUAAUCACUGCCAAUAUUGAAGAUCCAGGGCAAAAGUUUCAAAAGCGUCUAAGUCCUAUUUUCAAGAGACUAAGGAGUCUAAGGCUUGGUGUCCAUCAGUGAGACUUGGGCUCCUAAGUGACUUAGGUGCUGUUGAAAAUUUGCCCCAAGCUGUGUCUUGUCUGAUUUAACGUAUCGUUGUAAUAAUUGUUAUAAUCGUUGUCAUGUUGUAAUAAAGAUAUCGGCUACAUUGUG